GGCUGAGGCAAGAGGGAGCUGUCCGGGUGGGGAGCCAGCUCUUCCUUCUUUCUCUUCCUCCUCCUCUGCGUGAGGGGAGAGAAGGUUGGGGCCCCCCCCCCCCGAGCCCAUGGAUCGGGAGGAGGCGGAGGCCGCCGAGAGCCGGCACCCCUCUAUGUGGCCCUGAGCCCCGUGUGCUGGUUCCGCCUCUCUGGGAGGCCAUGGAGAAGAGACUGGGAGUCAAGCCAAGUCUCGCUUCCUGGGUUUGGCCAGGGUAUUGUUGGCAGACAUCAGUGACGCCGCUGAGAAGCCUGUACCUGCUUUACAGUUUCUUCUGCUUCAGCGUUCUGUGGUUGUCAACAGAUGCUAAUGAGAGCAGAUGCCAGGGGAAGACACUUUAUGGAGCUGGCUUGAAAACUGAGGGAGAAAAUCACCUCCGGCUUCUUCAAGGAAGCCUGCCUUUCCAAGCCUGUUGGGCUGCCUGCUGCCGGGACUCUGCCUGUCAUGCUCUGUGGUGGCUGGAAGGGAUGUGCUUUCAGGCCGACUGCAGCAAGCCCCAGAGCUGCCAGCCUUUUAGGACAGACUCUUCCAAUUCCAUGCUGAUAAUUUUUCAAAAAUCCCAAACUGCAAAUGAUUUAGACCUUCUGCCUGAAGAUAAUGAACCACAUCUUCUGAGGCUAGGCGGGGGCAGGACAUCCUGGAGGAGGCAGAGCCUCCUUGGGGCUCCCCUCACCCCUUCUGUACCCUCUAGUGACCACCAGAGCUUACUCAGGGAUCGUCAGAAGAGAGAUCGUCUCAGUGUGGUGCCUACACGUGUAGCGAUACAGCAUCCUAAAGUGAAUCACUCGAAGGAAGCAAGUGUCGUGAGUCCCAGCACCUCUGCAGAGGUCCGCAAAACCAUUAUAGUUCCUGGUUCUUUCACCAGUAACCACACUACACAGACUCCUGAUUGGCCCAAGAAUAUGUCCAUCCAUCCUGAACCAUCUGCGCAUUCCAGUCCUGCAUCCAGUACUCAGCAAGUAAAAAGCACUGAGCACAGUCCAACCUAUGCCCCACUUCCAAUGGCCCCCUCCUACAGCUAUACCACCCUCAUACCCCGGGCCUCUUCCCAGAGCACCUCAGCACCACACCCAGCUGUAAAGGAACUGGUGGUGUCUGCUGGGAAGAGCGUCCAGAUCACCCUGCCUAAGAAUGAAGUUCAGUUAAACGCCUUCGUUCUCCCAGAACCAGACCCAGGUAAGAUAUGCCUUUCGGGAAACAUUUCCGUUUACAUUAGUAUCUACAAGCCUCAGUUCAUUUGCUUUUGCAACAGCACU